CCCCAGCACACACUCACACACACGCGCGCACACACGCACACACCUCUUGCCUCUCCAGCUUUGAAAAUGGAGGCCGACGCCGCCGACAGCCAGCCCCAGCGCGCCUCGGGUUCCCGACUCCGCCGAGCCUCGGGCUGCGGGAGCCGGCUCUGAGGGCUCGCCCGCCCCGUCCGCGCCUUCGCCCCGGCUUGUGCAAGGGGCGCGAAGACUGAGUUUGAGACUUUUUUUCUCCCGCCUCCUUUCGUUUCCUCCCCCCCCCGCUCGUUUUUUUUUUCUCUUUCUGUUUUAUUCCCCCCCCCCCAUUUUUUUCUUUUUUUGAGAAAGGGGAAUAUUUCAAGUUAGAGGAAUGAAGGCUGGCUUCGGAGGAGGGUCUUGGACCUCGCUCUGGGGGCUCCUGCUUGUCGCCGUCGCACUCCUGCUCUGGCCGACGAGUGGAGAAAUCUGCGGGCCGGGCAUCGACAUCCGCAAUGACUUCCAGCAGCUGAAGCGCCUGGAGAACUGCACGGUGAUCGAGGGCUUCCUGCACAUCCUGCUCAUCUCCAAGGCCGAGGACUACCGCAACUACCGCUUCCCCAAGCUCACCGUCAUCACCGAGUACCUGCUGCUCUUCCGGGUGGCCGGCCUCGAGAGCCUGGGGGACCUCUUCCCGAACCUCACGGUCAUCCGCGGCUGGAAGCUCUUCUACAACUAUGCCCUGGUCAUCUUCGAGAUGACUAACCUUAAGGACAUAGGGCUGCAUAACCUGAGGAACAUCACCCGGGGCGCCAUCAGGAUCGAGAAGAACGCCGACCUCUGCUUCCUCUCCACGGUGGACUGGUCGCUCAUCCUGGACGCCGUGCCCAACAACUACAUUGUGGGGAACAAGCCCCCGAAGGAGUGUGGGGACCUGUGCCCCGGGGUCCUGGAGGGGAAGCCAACAUGUGAGAAGACCGCCAUCAAUAACGAGUACAACUACCGCUGCUGGACUGCCAACCGCUGCCAGAAAAUGUGCCCAAGCUCGUGCGGGAAGCGAGCCUGCUCGGACAACAACGAAUGCUGCCACCCUGAGUGCCUGGGCAGCUGCUAUGCACCCGAUGACAACACUGCCUGCGUCGCCUGCCUCCACUACUAUCAUGAUGGCACCUGUGUGACAAGCUGCCCGCCCAACACCUACCGAUUUGAGGGCUGGCGCUGCGUGGACCGCGACUUCUGCGCCAACAUCCUCAGCGUCGACGAAGGCGAGGGCUUCGUCAUCCAUGACGGCGAGUGCAUGCAGGAGUGCCCCUCGGGGUUCAUCCGCAACGGCAGCCAGAGCAUGUUCUGCGUCCCUUGCGAAGGUCCUUGCCCCAAGGUCUGUGAGGAAGACAAGAAAACAAAGACCAUUGAUUCUGUAAAUUCUGCUCAAAUGCUCCAAGGCUGCACCAUCUUCAAGGGCAAUUUGCUCAUUAAUAUCCGACGAGGCAAUAACAUUGCCUCAGAGCUGGAGAGCUUCAUGGGGCUCAUCGAGGUGGUUACGGGCUAUGUGAAGAUAAGCCACUCGCACGCCUUGGUCUCCUUGUCCUUCCUGAAGAAUCUCCGCCUGAUUCUCGGAGAGGAGCAGCUGGAAGGAAACUACUCCUUCUAUGUCCUGGACAACCAGAACCUACAGCAGCUCUGGGACUGGGAACACCGCAACCUGACCAUCAAAACUGGGAAGAUGUACUUCGCCUUCAAUCCCAAACUCUGCGUGUCUGAAAUUUACCGCAUGGAGGACGUGACAGGAACUAAAGGGCGCCAGAGCAAAGGCGACAUUAACACCCGGAACAAUGGAGAGAGAGCCUCCUGUGAGAGUGACAUCCUGCACUUCACCAACACUGCCACUGGUAAGAACCGCAUCAUUCUCACCUGGCACCGCUACCGGCCCCCGGACUACAGGGAUCUCAUCAGCUUCACCGUCUACUACAAGGAGGCACCCCAUAAAAACGUGACGGAAUAUGAUGGGCAGGACGCCUGUGGCUCCAACAGCUGGAACAUGGUGGACGUGGACCUCCCCCCUGACAAGGACACAGAGCCCGGCAUCCUACUGCAGGGGCUGAAGCCCUGGACUCAGUAUGCCAUCUAUGUCAAAGCCGUGACCCUCACCAUGGUGGAAAACGACCACAUCCGUGGGGCCAAGAGUGACAUCUUAUACGUUCGCACCAAUGCUUCAGUUCCUUCCGUCCCCCUGGAUAUUCUUUCGGCAUCGAACUCCUCUUCUCAGCUGAUCGUGAAGUGGAGCGCCCCCUCCCUGCCCAAUGGCAACCUGAGCUACUACAUCGUGAGAUGGCAGCAGCAGCCUCAGGACGCCUACCUGUACCGACACAAUUACUGCUCCAAAGAAGAUAAAAUUCCCGUGAGGAAGUACGCAGAUGGCAUGAUCGACUUUGAAGAAGUAACCGAGAAUCCCAAGAUGGAGGUGUGCGGUGGGGAGAAGGGGCCGUGCUGUGCCUGCCCCAAAACCGAAGCCGAGAAGCAGGCUGAGAAAGAGGAGGCGGAGUACCGCAAAGUGUUUGAGAACUUCCUGCACAACUCCAUCUUCGUGCCCAGGCCCGAGAGAAAGCGAAGGGACGUCGUGCACAUGACAGAUAUGGCCUCGUCCGGCCGAGGCAGGAACACCACGGCGGAGAACUCCUACAACACCACGGACCCCGACGAGCCGGAGACGGAUUUCCCUUUCUUUGAGAGCAGAGUGGACAGGGAGAUAACAGUGAUAUCCAACCUCCGCCCGUUCACUUCCUACCGCAUCGACAUUCACAGUUGUAACCACGAGGCCGAGAAACUGGGGUGCAGCGCCUCCAACUUUGUCUUUGCAAGAACCAAACCUGCAGAAGGAGCAGAUGACAUUCCCGGCCCAGUGACCUGGGAAGCACAGCCUGAAAACUCCGUCUUUCUAAAGUGGCCAGAACCUGAGAAUCCCAACGGAUUGAUCCUGAUGUAUGAGAUCAAAUACGGUUCUCUAAUGGAGGACCAGCGGGAGUGUAUAUCCAGACAGCACUACCGGAAGUACGGGGGAAUCAAACUGAACCGGCUAAACCCCGGCAACUACACAGCCCGGAUUCAGGCCACGUCUCUCUCUGGGAACGGGUCAUGGACUGAUCCUGUGUUCUUCUAUGUCCCAGACAAAGCUGCCGACGAAGGCUACUCGCACCUGACGGUCGUGCUGCCCGUGGCCAUCGUGUUCGUCGUGGGAGGGCUGCUGGUCUUCCUGUACAUCCUGCACAGGAAGCGUACCAGAAUGGGCAACGGCGUGCUCUAUGCCUCUGUGAACCCGGAGUACUUCAGCGCAGCUGAUGUGUAUAUCCCUGAUGAGUGGGAGGUCGCACGCGAUAAGAUCACCAUGAACCGAGAGCUGGGGCAGGGCUCCUUCGGGAUGGUCUACGAAGGUGUCGCCAAAGGCGUGGUCAAGGAUGAGCCCGAGACCAGGGUGGCCAUCAAGACUGUGAACGAGGCUGCCAGCAUGCGGGAAAGGAUUGAAUUUCUCAAUGAGGCUUCCGUCAUGAAGGAGUUCAAUUGUCACCACGUGGUGCGGUUGCUGGGUGUGGUGUCUCAGGGCCAGCCAACACUGGUCAUCAUGGAGCUGAUGACACGAGGAGACCUCAAAAGCUAUCUCAGGUCUCUGCGACCGGAAAUAGAGAACAACCCAGCCUUUGCCCCCCCGAGCCUGAGCAAGAUGAUCCAGAUGGCGGGCGAGAUCGCAGAUGGCAUGGCGUACCUCAACGCCAACAAGUUCGUCCACAGAGACCUGGCUGCUCGGAACUGCAUGGUGGCCGAGGACUUCACCGUCAAGAUCGGAGACUUUGGCAUGACACGAGACAUCUACGAGACUGACUAUUACCGCAAAGGAGGGAAGGGCCUGCUGCCCGUGCGCUGGAUGUCCCCCGAGUCCCUCAAGGAUGGAGUCUUCACUACCCACUCUGAUGUCUGGUCCUUCGGAGUCGUGCUCUGGGAGAUUGCUACGCUGGCCGAGCAGCCAUACCAGGGUUUCUCCAACGAGCAGGUCCUGCGUUUUGUCAUGGAGGGUGGCCUACUGGACAAGCCGGACAACUGCCCCGACAUGCUGUUUGAGCUGAUGCGCAUGUGCUGGCAGUACAACCCCAAGAUGCGGCCUUCCUUCCUGGAUAUCCUUGGAAGCGUCAAGGACGAGCUCGAGCCCGGCUUCCGUGAGGUCUCCUUCUACUACAGCGACGACAACAAGGCGCCUGAGGCUGAGGCCGAGGCCGAGGCCCUGGCCCUGGCCCAGGCCCAAGCCCAGGCCGAGGCCGAGGUCGAGGACGAGGACGACGAGCUGGAGCUGGAGCCCGAAGACAUGGAGAGCGUGCCCCUGGACCCCUCUGCCGCCGCCGCCGCCGCCGUGGCCGCCCUCGGCAUACCGCUGCCCGACCGACACAAGCCCGAGAACGGGCCGGGGCUGGGGGCCAUGGUCCUCUGCGCCAGCUGCGAGGAGCAGCGGCGACGGCCCUACUCGCACAUGAAUGGGGGCCGCACCGAUGAGCGGGCCCUGCCGCUGCCCCAGUCCUCCACCUGCUGAUGGGGCCAGGUCCCGUCCCAGCGUGGCAGGUGCAUGCCUGCCGCGGUGGGGCGGGGCGGAGAGCGCCGGCAGCCGGCACGCAGGCCUCCUGCACCUCAGUGGGCAGGACUGUGCUGCUGCGCUCCGGAGGCGCUUCUCCACACUAAACAAACGUUUGGGAUGUUCCUUUUUUCUAUAUGCAACCAGCUUUUUAUUUCCCCACCCAAACCCUUAACUGACACGGGCCUUUAAGAAACUUAGUGACGACAGCACGUCAUAGCAACAGAUCACUUGAGAACCAAGCCCCUCGCUUCCCUCUGUCGCCUCUCUUUUUCUCCUCCUCUCUCUCUUCUCGUGCGUUCUCGCUCUUUCUCUGCUUCAUCAUGGAAAAGCCUGGCUGGGAAGCCCUUGUUGCGGGAUUGAGGCUGUGGCAGUCCCAGGGUCCCCAGGGGCCCAGGUAAUAGCCUGGGUGCACCUGCUGGACACUGUAGGUCAGCAUCCGAAUUCGCUGAGACAGUCAUUAACUGCAUCUGUAACCUUCACGGGGGCAUCGGAAAGUUCUGAAAGGGCCAUCGUCCAUUCAUGGUGGUUCACCAUUUCUAUGCUGCCAAAUUUUGCCAAAACCCUCCCGGGUCUCCUCGUCACCCCUCUCCGGAGGCACGGGACCAGAGCCCCCAGCCAAGGUCGUGCCCCUGCCCAUGUGCCUCCCUCGUCUCCAGCCUUCCACACAGGUUUGCUUUUGGGGACCAGGUUGUUCAUCUGAGGGAAGUGGACAAAAUGGGGCCUUCCCCCCUCACACAGCCACACAGCUGGGGAGAGGCUGUUCCAGCUCCUUGCCCCUUCACUUAGGUGUCUGCCUGCCUUUGCUGGAAGAAGUGGUCUGAGAGAGGCUGGAGGACAGGUGGGCCCCACGCCCCCUGCUGAGCCCACUGGGCACCUGCAGGGUUGCCAGCCGGGGCCGCACGGUCCAGCAGGACUCCCAGGGGCUGGCCUCAGGCCUUCUCAGCUCUGUCCACCCGAGCUGUUACUGGGACUUUCUCAUGGCUCUUACAGUUCUAUGUUAGACCAUGAAACAUUUGCAUACGCAUCACCUUUAGUGUCACUUUUAUAACUUUUUUACGGUUCAGAUAUUCAUCUAUACGUCUGUACAGAAAAAAAGAAGCUGCUAUUUUUUUUGGUUCUUUAUCUUUGUGGAUUUACUCUAUGAACUCUUCAGGUCUGCCCUUCCCUCUCUGCUCACUCCAAGAAACUCCUUACGCUUUGUAAAGGAGUGCGGGACUCUCUUUCCUUCCCCAGUAACAGUUCUUAGAAUGCCAUCUGCUAGGAGCUGUUGGACAUCUUUGCUUAAAGCCCUCCCCGGCCCACAGGCUCCCAUGUGCUCCAGGCUCAGGAGAGAGUGGCAGGAGGACCGGGCAGCUGUGGGCCUCACCCACCUGCCUCCUGCCCGGCCUCCCCUGGCGCAAGGUUGGAGCCUGUUCCGGUGCAGGAUGUGACGCAACCUCAGGUCAGAACAUCCGGCCGAGUGUCCCGCACAGCUUGGGGCCCUGGCUGCCCGCUCUCCCUCUCCUCGCUUCGCUUUGUGGCACACACAUGCUUGUUUUUUUCUUCUUGAAUUCUUGGGUACAACAGCAGUUUCCACUGCACACACUAGGCAUUUGGGUUGCUAUUUCCUUGAGCGGCUGCCUAAUCCUUCCGUGCCGUCUGUAACGGCAGCAGAGUCCAAAGGCACAGAAGGGCAGGGGCCAGUGAGUCCCUUCGCCGCCCCCAACAGGCCCAGUGCGAUGCCUGCCCCCGCCUCCGGGCUGUGCCAGAGGCAGUGGCCUUGGGUGUGGGCAGCCCACGGCCAGCUCUGCUGUCUACAGUGCGAGGGCAAGGCAGCGUGAAGCCCUUGCUGGCUUCCAGGGGACCAGACACCUGGCGCUGGCCAGGAAGGCGGAGCCUGGGGUGGGCGAGGUUGCCACCCAAAUGAUUCCAGCACACAAGAGUUGCUUCUGGGAUGGCGCUGUUGACAUUCAGAGUGAGAACAAAGCGAAAAGAGGCCACUGGCUGGUUGAGAAAGGAAGUCAAAUCUUUUGUGCUGGCCAGCAGUUUCCGUCUCUUUCCUUGCCAGCCGCCGAUCUGCGGUGUUUUCCUGAGAAAGAGGUGCGUUGGGGAGGUGGAGGCACGGGCGCUUGCUCAGGAUACGUUCUGUGAUGCCUGUUAACAUGGCCGAGAAGGCCCCUGGAGGCAAAGGAGAGGGGCGCGCGUGCGCACACACGCGUGCGGGACAGGACGGUUCCUGGUGUUUGUUUCUUUGCAAGCGUUUAUCUACCUCACUCUUAUUUUUUUAUAUG